UUCUAUCUAAUUGCUAACAAGGCCUUUCUUUGCUAUCUCUUAUAAGAGCAAUUGAUCAGCUACAUCGUCAUUAGAAUAUCAAGUAAGAAAACAAGCAAAAAUGACGAGCAAAGGCGGAAAAUUCCCACCACAAACACAAGAUUCUCAACCAGGAAAGCAAUAUUUGAUGAAUCCUCUCCCAAAAUCUGUCAAUCCUCAAUAUAAACCUUCCAAAAAGCUUCAUGGAAAGGUAGCAUUAGUAACAGGAGGUGAUUCGGGGAUAGGAAGAGCAGUUUGUUACUAUUUUGCACUCGAAGGUGCAACUGUUGCUUUUACAUACGUUAAAGGGCCGGAGGAUAAAGAUACCGAUGACGCCUUGGCUUUGAUAAGAGAAGCGGCCAAACAAAAUGAUGCAGGUGAACCUAUUGCCAUUCCAGCUGAUCUCCGCCGGGGCGAAAAGGAAUGCAAGUAUGUGGUUGAUAAGGUGGUUAGCCACUUUGGAGGCAUUGAUGUCUUAGUGAAUAACGCAGGAGUACAAUACUAUGCUGAGAGAAUCGAAGAAAUAACAGAGGAACAACUAAGAACGACAUUUGAAAUCAACUUCUUCGCUAGUUUCUUCUUGGCAAAGCACUCACUAAAGCAUAUGAAAGAAGGAAGCAGCAUUAUCAACGCAACCUCCGUCACAGCAUACAAGGGUGAGGAUACACUACUUGACUACAGCUGCACCAAAGGAGCUCUUGUUAGCUUCACUAGAAGCCUCGGUCUUCAACUCAUCAAACGAGAAAUUCGAGUAAAUGGGGUAGCACCAGGCCCCAUUUGGACUUCCCUUCAGGUUGCAUCUCUGCCUGUUGAACAGGUUGUGAAUUUAGGUUCUUAUGCGCCUAUGGAUAGAGCCGCGGAGCCUUUUGAAGUCGCUCCAUCUUUUGUAUUUCUUGCAAGCAACGAGUGUUCAUCCUAUUUCACAGGCCAAGUCCUUCAUCCAAAUGGUGGAGAGAUCGUUAACGGAUGAUUCAAGUACGUCGACUGUCGAGAUAAUCUAAUAAAAAACAGGAGAGGGUACGCCUGUGUCUCCUAAGCUCAAACAUCUAAUAAAUAUAUGAAUGGUAAUAAAUAAUAAUCAUCCUUGUAUUGUAAUGUAUGCAGAAGCAGAUGGUGUUUGCUUUGUUUAUAUGUUGUGAAUAUUACUUUGGCUUAGUGUU